AUGCACAGUGUGAACUCCCUCCACCAAACCCUCACCUCCUCCCCUCGCAACCUCGAGAUAUUCACCUCCCUGGUGAACCAUCUCCACGCCUUCGCCCGCGAGACCCAGCUCACGCAUGCCGAGUGGGACAAAGCGAUCAAGUUCUUGACGCGUACGGGGAAGGAGAGCACGGAGUUCAAGAACGAGUUUGUCUUAUUGAGUGAUUGUCUGGGGUUCAGUGUUCUGGUGGAUGAGUUGGAGCAUCCAAGGCCGGAGGGAUGCACCCUCUCUUGUGAACCCGGUCCCUUCUGGACGACCGAUGCUCCUCUCGUCCCCUCUGGCUCCCUCCUCGCGAAACCCUCCACAGAAGGCGAACCGCUCUUCUUCUCUGCCACGGUCAAGAAUACGAAGGGAGAGCCAAUAGAGGGGGUCAUCGCGGAGGUGUGGCAAGCAGACGGGGAAGGCGCCUACGACGUUCAAGAUCCUAACCGGGACGGCGCGGACGAUAGGGGAAGAAUCAUAGCUCAAAAGGAUGGAUAUUUCUGUUACAAGGCGGUUCUGCCGACUGCAUAUCCCAUCCCGGGCGAUGGUCCUACCGGCGAUUUGUUGCGCGCGUUGGGCAGACAUCCGCAUAGGGCUUCGCACUUACAUUUCACAAUCACCGCUCCGGGAUAUGAUUCCUUAACAACAGCACUCUACCCCUCCCAUUCCCCCUUCCUCGGCACGGACCCCGUUUUCGCGACUAAGAAAUCCUUGAUAUGUGAUCUGAGCGAGGAGCGAGAUGCGAAGAAGUGGGCAGAGCUGGGAUGGGAAGCCGGAGAAGAAAAGGUGCAGGAGAGGGUGUGGAAGUGGAACUAUGGGUUCGUAUUGGCGAGUGAGGAGGAGGUCAAAGAGUUGAAGGCCAAGCAGGCGAAGGCGAAGAAUUAG